ACCGAUGACGAUGAGUCUGCAACGGACUUGGGCCUUGAACAAUCAAAAUACAGUCACCAAGAAACUCAGCCACAGCCCACAGGGCCCAAGUGGAAGAGGUGAUGGCGGAUGCCGUGUUUUUCCAGGAUUCUGAUUUUCCUUGUCAACGGUGGCGAAGGGAAGGCGACUGUCCAGUCCCGACGACGGCACUUUUUUAUAUAUAAGAAACCCAGAGAAUUUUGCUGGUCCUAAAAUUUAUUCCAAUUUCCCUGUCAAUUCGAUCUCUUUUCUCCCCCACCAGUUUCGUCGCCUCCUUCGCACGCCAGCCCUUACUCCAAUUUCCCAGCGAUGUCUUCUACGGCAACGGCCACCGCCGCACCCACAGCCAGUGCAAUUCAACGCAGCCAAGUUGAUCUAGUGGACUUUAUCGACUGGUCUGGAGUUGAAUGCCUCAACCAAAACUCCGCCCACUCUAUUGCCAAUGCUCUGAAACAGGGUUACAGGGAAGAUGAUGGCUUGAAUGUUGAGAGUGAUGCUGACGAACAGUUGUUGGUCUACAUACCUUUCCUUCAAGUUGUUAAACUGCACUCUCUCGCUGUCAAAGGGCCUGAAGAAGAGGGUCCCAAAACUGUGAAGCUCUACUCAAACAGGGAGCACAUGGGGUUCAGCAAUGUUAAUGACUUCCCUCCCAGUGAUACCGUAGAGUUUUCUGCAGAAAAUAUUCAGGCUGGGAAACCUGUAGUGUUGAAGUAUGUAAAGUUUCAGAAUGUUCGUAGCGUGACGAUUUUCAUCGAAGACAAUCAGUCUGGUGGUGAUGUUACUAAAGUUCAAAAGAUUGCCUUCUUCGGAACAACGGUGGAAACAACAGACAUGAAGGGACUGAAGAAGAUUGAGGAUCACUGAUCGCGCGUCCUAGGAGUGGAAGAAGAUUAAGAGGGAGGUGUGCGACGAAGACACGGGUGGUUUGGACAACUAUUCCAAAUUGUGAAUUUGCCUUUGUCCGUCGAGAAUUUACAUUGAUCAAGGUGAUGUUUGGAAUGAAAAGCAACUUUUGAGAUUAUCAUGGAAGUUGACGGUGGAUGUCUUUUGCCUGGAAAAUAUGGAGGCCUUGUGCAACUACUGUUAUUAACUUAUUAUCCAUCUAAUUUAUUAUAUUAGACUUUGCUGAUUUACAUGAUAAUAAUGUGUGUUAGGUGGGUUUUCCUAGACUCGCUUACUAAUAAGUUCGUACAAUUUUGAUCCGCAAUUUAUCCACACACUUCUUCAAGUUGGGUGGAUGGUGAAUGGGUGCGGUUGGGUUGUGUGUUAGGUUGUGAGUUAACACGCAAAUAUAAUUUUCCAACUAGUAAUUAGGCAAGUUAACUGUACAUUUAUAAUAAAUUCCUAUUAAAUUAAUAAGAUGACA